ACAGGGUUCCAUACGGAUCCUGUGGUCCAUAGACUGAGUCAAUUAGGGGGAGAGUCUAAGUGGUGAGGAGCGGAACUGUCACUUGGUUGUGCACCUUUCACCAUGGUUGACACGCGUAGUGCCCGGAGCACCUCCCCUUACACAACAGAAAAGGAGGCGAAAGUCGCCGCCCUCUCGAAAGAGAGAGAAGAAAAGAAAGAGGCCAAGAAGAAGGCCCUGAUGGAGGAACAAGCGGCGAAAUUGAGAAAGAUUGAGGAGGAGAUGGCCAAAGAGAGAGAGAGAGGCUGAGGAAAGAGCAGGAAGAGAAGUUGAAAGCGGUAGAAGAGGAGGAAGAGGUAGAAGAACAACCGAUGGAAAGGAGAAGAAGGGGGCAAGGAGGUGAAUCUAGUGGUACAAAGGAAGAUCAGAUGGAGAAGAAAAUUACGGAGUGGGUUGCUGGUUUAUCCCUGGGGGAAGAAGAGGAGGCACUGAUGUAUGUGCCCAGGGAAGAACAAGAGGCCGCCAUGAAAGAGUGGGAUGCAGAAGAAAACCCACUCAAGCGGCAGGCGAUAGAGGAUGAGAAGAGGAUGGAGUGGAAGUUCCGAUUGACGAGGGAGAGGAAAAGAAGAAUGGAGGCGGCAAGCCAUGCGGCGAAAGAAUUAGCGGAGGUGAAGAAGCAAAGAGAGCAGAUGGCAACGCAGGUGGACCUAUUGGGGAGGAUGGAGAUAAUGGCGAGAAACAUAGAGCGCCUGGCACAGGUCCAGGAAGAACAAUAUCUAUUUGGUAGAGGUCAGGACAUUGCCUUACGCUCUAUACGGCUGGGGCUCCGGGACUUCGCCAGGGAAUUGGUGGCGCAGGUGGGCUCAGAGGAGCAUGAGGGUCAUCUAAGGCAGGUCUUGGAGAAACUCAAAGAGGCUAACUUCAAGAUCAACGCAAAGAAGUGUGAAUGGGCAAAGACUCAAGUUCUGUAUUUAGGCCAUGUCUUAGACGGAGGCGGCAUUAAACCAGAAGAUAGUAAGAUUGCAGCGAUUAGAGAUUGGCCUACACCCCGCACGUUGACAGAGUUGUGGUCGUUCUUAGGCCUAGCUAACUACUACAAGAAGUUUGUUAGGAACUUCUCCACCUUCGCUGCUCCCCUUCGCAGGUUGCUGAAGAAAGAAGCGAUCUGGAAGUGGGACAAGGACUGCACGUCUGCCAUGAAGAAGUUAAAGCACGCAUUGAUAGAGUACCCAGUCCUCAAAGUAGCCGAUCCGUCCUUGCCUUUCGUCGUCACUACCGACGCAAGCCAGUACGGUAUAGUUGUUGUGUUACAGCAAGACGAUGGCAAUGGGUAUACGCCCGUAGAGUUCAUGUCUGCCAGAAUGCCUUCGGAGAAGGUCGCAACAUCUAUGAGAGGGAACUCUACGCUCUCAGGCAAGCUCUAGAACAUUGGAAGCAUAACUUGCUUGGGAGGCACUUUAAAGCCUAUUCAGACCACGAAA